AUGGAAACUAUGAAGCAAAUAGCGGUUGUGAUGAUUCUUCUCAACAUCAGCUACGGUCAGUUCUCCCGCUCGCAGUCGGUUGACAUCGACGAGCCGCACACGUACACACCACCGAAGCACUACUUCCAAACGUCCUCCUUCGACGAGGCCGAGCUGGAAGACGACGCGGCAAAAAAUCCUCUCGAUCGGGGGCCCUACUUUGACAUCUCGGCUUCGCGAAACGUCACCGCACUCGUCGGCAACACGGCCUACCUAAAUUGUCGCGUGCGCAACCUCGGCAACCGCACGGUGUCCUGGAUCCGGCAUCGGGAUCUGCAUUUGCUGACGGUGGGCAAAGCAACGUACACCUCCGACCAACGCUACCAGAGCGUGCACAAUCCCCAGCUGGACGACUGGUCGCUAAAGGUCCUGUAUCCGCAGCAGCGAGAUUCCGGUGUGUACGAGUGUCAAAUCUCCACAACGCCACCGGUCGGCUACUCCAUGAUGUUGUCGGUUGUUGAGCCCAUAACGACCGUUAUCGGAGGACCGGAUCUGUACAUCGAUACCGGAUCGACGGUGAACCUUACCUGUAUUGUUAGGCACCUUCCCGAACCACCGCCACUUAUACAGUGGACUCACAACGAACAGGAAAUCAACUACGAUUCGCCACGUGGUGGUGUGUCGGUGAUUACGGAAAAGGGCGACAUAACGACCUCCUAUCUGCUAAUCCAGCGCGCCAAGUCCACCGAUUCCGGCAAGUACACGUGCCUGCCAUCGACGGCCAACCCGAUGACGGUAAACGUCCAUGUGCUUAAUGGCGAACAUCCAGCAGCGAUACAAGGCAGCAAAGGAUUGCGAAGCAGCACUGUACUCACACUCGUGCUGAUGGUGCUUUUGAUUGUGGCGUUCCCAGUGCGAUAA